AUGCUACUUGCAAAUAAGCCACAACAUCUAAAAAUUCUAUCUGUUGACACUUGCUUGAACCAAGGAGUUUCAAGCUUUUCAAAGUCCGCUGUUCGUCACACCAAAGAAUCUGCACAAAUAUUGACAAAACUUUCAGGAGAGUUAAUUCCAGAUUGA